CUUCUCGGUGGCAAGAGAAGAGUCGUCUGAAGUCACUCUCUUCAGCUUCAUUCCCCAGGUUCAGUUCAGGCUUUUGCCUUUGCUUCUUCCACUGCAACAGCGUCUUUGCAGCUCUCGACUACGUUUGUUUGAGCCUGUUCAAAGUUCUCGUGCUGAAACAUGAGGCUGGCGAUCCUAUUCGUCCUGCUGUGCGUGCUGGCACUGCUGGCCCCGGGGUCGGCCAGGCCGCCUAAGAGGAAGGACAAACCCCGCCACCCGGGCCGCGGCCACGGUCAUGGUCACGGGCGCGGCCGCGAGGAGGGCGGGCCUGGCAAGGACAGCGACGAGAUCAGUAAUGAGGAUUCGGAAGACGAUGACCACAUGGACGAGGACGACGGCAGGAUGGAAUGGGAGAUGGACGGAGAGGAGGAAGAUGAGGAGGAGGGCGGGCGCCCAGGCGGCGGGAGGGGCCGCGGUAGGGGCAGGGGCCGAGGGCGGGGACGCGGUAGGGGACACCAGGGCAGGGGCGGGGAAGAUAUGCCAGAGGAGGACAUGCCAGAGGAAGAUGAGGAGGAAGGUCAAGAAGAAGAAGUGGAACCUGCCGAGCCCGGAGACUUCGGUAACGUCCACGAGGACCUGACUCUGGAGAAGUACUACGUGGGCCUGCCUCUGGGGCUGGAGCAGGUGGACGAGGAGCGCCGAAACGUUCCCAAUAUCACCAUGGCCGUGAAAUACCUGGAUCAGUUCGGAUGGUACAAGGGAGACGAAGCUGAGAUGGCGACGGUCCGCAAGGCGAGCGACAUGACCACCACCAUGACUGAAGCCGUCUGCAAGUUUCAGAAGUUCGCCGGUCUCGACGUCACAUGCAAUAUCGACGAGCCGACCCUGGACAUGAUGAACAUGCCCCGCUGUGGAGUCAGGGAUGUCCGCGUGGCGAACUUCGUGCUGGGGAACAGGUGGGACCACACCGACCUGACCUACACCUUCAAGAACUUCUCUCCCGACCUCACUGAGGAAGAACAGAGGGACGCCAUCGCCAAGGCUUUGAACUUGUGGGCCGAGGUCACGCCCUUGACCUUUACCCCCGUUGCCCCUGACGACAACGCGGACAUCGUGAUCCAGUUCCUGUCCGGUGACCAUGGUGACGGCUCGCCGUUCGACGGGAAUGGCGGGACCCUGGGCCACGCCUUCUUCCCCGGACCCGGGAUCGGCGGGGACACCCACUUCGACGAGGCGGAAAUCUUUAACGUUGUGACGCCUGGAGAAUUCACCACGGCCGUGGACAUGAUGACGGUGGCUGCUCACGAGUUCGGCCACGCGCUCGGCCUGGGACACUCCAACAUCCAGGACGCGCUCAUGGCCCCCUUCUACCGGUUCUCGUCUGAUCUGCAGCUUCACGUGGACGACAUCACGGGCAUCCAGGAACUUUAUGGUGCGCCUUCCACUGUUGCGCCUACCCCGGGCGACAUGACAACCGAGGCCGCCACAACCGAGGCAGAAGAUGCCACAACUCAGGGACAAGACGUCACAACUCAGGGAGAAGACGUCACAACUCAGGAACAAGACGUCACUACUCAGGGAGAGCAGCUAACAACAGCAUUUGUCGAAGACACAACCUUGGUGGACACAACGACAGCGAGCACACCCAGGAGACCAGAGCCGACUACCACGCUAGCGACGACACAAGCCCCGACCACCACGGCGCCAGAGCCGACCACUACAGCAGCUCCCGAGCCCACAACUACUACAAACGCUCCCGCCGAACCCACAACCACGAAUGCUGCAGAACCUACAACUACGACAGUCCCAGAGCCCACCACGACAGUCCCCGAAACCACCACGACAACAACCGCGGAACCUACGACUACUCAGCCGGCCACAACAACGCCAGGUCCGGACGAUGCCGACACGUGCAGCGGCGCGCCCAUCGACGCUAUCACCACGCUGAAGAAUGAGACCACAUUCGUUUUCAGAGGAAAGUACUUCUGGCGGCUGAACUCGCGUGGCGCAGACCCAGGCUACCCUCAGAUGAUCGCCGACGCCUGGGACGGACUGUCCGACGACAUCGACGCCGCACUCAGCUGGCCCACUGGCAAGACCUACUUCUUUAAGGGUGACCAGUACUGGCGGUUUGAGAACGCGAAGAUGGACGACGGGUACCCGAAGGACAUCUCGAACUGGGGUCUGCCGGCCGACAUCGACGCCGCCAUGUACUACAAGCGUGGGCAUGGCGCUCCGUUCGGCCGCGGCAGGUCAGCGGUCACCUACUUCUUCAAAGGUGACGAAUACGUCCGUUACGCCACACGCACGGGAGUCGACCAGGGCUACCCCAAGGACAUCUCCAGGUGGGGCCGCAAGUUCCCUGACCGCCUGGACGCCGCUAUUCGCUACUCCAACGGCCGCAACUACGUGUUCGAGGGCGACAACUACUACAGACUGACUCGCUCUGGCCGCGUCUACUUCGGGUAUCCCCGCAGUGUGGCCAAAUGGUGGAUGGGUUGCGACUAAAUUAAAACCGCGUCCUGUAUUCUCAUUGGCCAAUCCUACUCCGUCAGGCGUUGUGAUUGGUUGAAAGUUGACAACGCUCAUGCAAUCUAACAGCAAAACUGCCAGUAUUGGUUAAAAUGUAUUGGUCAGAUCUAAAAACGUCCUGAAUUCUCAUUGGCUAAUCGCACUCCUUCUGGUGUUUUGAUUGGUUGAAAGUUGACAGCGCUUAUGCAAUGUAACAGCAAAACUGCCAGUAUUUGGUUAAACUGUAUUGGUCAGAUCUAAAAACGUCAUGAAUUCUCAUUGGCCAAUCCUACUCCACCAGGCGUUGUGAUUGGUUGAAAGUUGACAGCGCUUAUGCAAUGUAACAGGCAACUCUAUUCGUUAAAAAGUUAUGAGUCAGAUAGGCAGCUCUGUUUUAUACAUUUGAUAACUGGCUAUACCUUGAUAGUAUUAAACGCGUAUGAGAUGUACAUGUACCAGCGCAAAGUUUUCUAUGUUCGCCUCUUGAGAUUUGCAAUCAUUUUACAUGUUACUUUGUAGUUCGUUGUUACGUUUGGCGCUUAUGAUAGUUUUUGCAGCUUUUUGGGAAUCAUUGUGUGGUAGAAUUACAGUAUUCCGUUUGUUUUUUGUUCGUGCGACUGAGAAUAUGUAUCACUGAUGUGUUAAAAGGCACUGAAAGUCAAGACGAUUUGAAGACGAAAGUUUGGAAUGCUAGUCUUGCUUCUCAUUUACGGUAACUAAACGUCAUGCAUAUGUGGAACUUUUCGAAUUCGAUGUAUUGACUUAUUGACAAGUGAGAAAUGUACUCAAUUGCAAUGAAAUGUAAUGGAGAAAUGUAAAAAAAACCCACAAAUGUGUGUUUUCAAAUGCGGGCAUUUGU